AUGGGCGGCGUCCGCCCCUCGCCUCACCGUCCGGAGCAGACCACCCUUGGACAAGUCCAUCAAGACAGCAACAGUCCUGGACGAGGUGGCAUGCGCGGCAGCCGCGGAGGCUUCAGACGGUCCGACCACAGAGACUCUACUCUGUCAGCAGGCGAAGACGCCACGUCAGGCACUGCGUCGCCGGUCCGGCCGUCUUCGACAUCUACCUCCCAUUCGCUUGCGCCCGCGAUCAUCAUGCCACACCGAUCGGCAGCAGCACCGGCAUCAGCGCCGCCAGAAAAACGGCCGCGCGCCACCCUGGCCUACGUGUACGCCAUCCUCACGGACGACCGUAUUGCCAACUGGGUCCAGAGCGGCUGCCAAGCAGUCGUUGAGAGCGGAGUUCAGUCCCGCAACGACGAGGACGAAAUCGAGCUCUCCACGCUCUUCCAGGAAAUACUGCGCGCCGCUAUUGAUAAGCGCCUCGAUGCGGCGGAUGCCGGAGCUGUCGUGAAGGCAGUUGUCGGCAACCAGGUCGAGGAAGUUCCCGAGAGCGAUGCCGAUGCACGAAGCAAGGCCGUGUCAAAGGUAAUCCACGGCGGCUUCGACCCCAGGAUCGUCUUUCUCGACACGGUCUCUGUGUUUAUGGAGACGGAGGACACGGCCAAGGGGAAUCUGCAGCUGUUGCGCAGCUUCAUGGUCAACACAGGCGUCUCGGCCACUCUGAUGCGACAGGUGCUCGACCACGAGUUUUUGAUGCGCCUCGGCCUCCUCCGCGAGACGUUUCAGCGCAUGGCCAUUCGCUACUCGACCAAUCUGCUCUACCGGCAGCAAAGCUAUAAUCUCUUGCGGGAAGAGACAGAGGGAUUCUCCAAGCUGGUCACGGAGCUGUACACAAGCAGCUCCGUGGCGGUCCAGGAUCCCGGCUUUGACGCGGCUCGCGCCACGUUCGAAAAGGUCAAGGGUCUUAUCGGUACCUUUGAUCUCGACGUCGGCCGUGUGCUCGACACGACGCUGGACGUCUUUGCCGCAACGAUCAUCAAGCAGUUCAAGUUUUUCGUCAAGUUCCUGCGCAUCAGCUCAUGGUGGCCGCGCGACCACUCCAAGCACCGACGCAACUCGUUCUUUUGCGGCCUUCCUCGCUGGGCACAGCCCGAACUGGCUGGCACGAGCCUGACGGAGGAGGAGGAAGAUGCUCUGGCGGCAUCGGAACGGCUGAUGCGCGAUGCCGCCUUCUGGGACGCGGCACGACAGAUGCACCUGCACGCAUUCUUCCAACUGGGCGCACGCGAGCUUGCCGAUCCAAAACUGCAGCGGCUUGCCAACCUUGCUACCGGUGUCGACGCGAAUGGCAAUGCGCACAACGUUGACGGCGACGACAUGGGGAAGAUUGCAGGCGCCGGCCUCGACGACCAUGAACUGCACUGGAUCCGGAUAACAAAGACGUUGCCGCCACAGGGCAACCGGGUUGCGGCGCAAAUCCUGGGCUUCAAGCUGCGGUUCUACAGCUCAGAAGCACGGGGCCCGGACGACAUACUGCCGGCCAACCUUCUCUACCUGGCUGCUCUGCUCAUCAAGAUUGGCUUCAUCUCGUUCUGUGACCUGUACCCGCAUCUCUGGCCACCCGACGAAGGCAUGGAGAACGUGCGGAUCAAGAAGCAGGAAGAGCUCGACGAGAAGGAGCGUCGCAACCGGCCGGGCAUGUCUUCCAACGCCUUGGCCAUGGCCGGUGCGCUGCCCGACGACAUGCCUGCUCCUCCUGUGGUGGGUGGCGGCAGCGCGUCUGCUGGUUCUGCCGGCCGCCACGACGGUACUGGUGCUGGUGCUGGUGCACCGGGCUCUUCAACUGCUGCCAGCGGAGCGCCCGCGACAGGAACAGCUAGCGACACAGCACAGCAGCCGGAGCCGCUGCCUAUGAAGGUACAGAUUGUGGACCAUCUGCUGCUGAUUGGCGCGAUCCCGGAAUCGCUCUUCAUCCUUGGACGGUUUCCAUGGAUCAUGGAGCUGUAUGCCGAGAACUUGCUGCCCCUCAUCCACCGCAUCCUGCUCCGGUCUCUGCACAGGGUAGCGGAUGAGGCGCGACCGGUGCCUUGUUCGGAGAGCCUGGCAGAAUGCCCGCCUAAGAAGGUGGCCGACGCCGACCAGAGCGGCAUGCCCAAGGGCAGCGUCAAGCGGAGCGAGCUUCCGACGCGACGACCUUUCCGAUGGCCCUUUGCCGAUAAGCUCGACGUGUCAGACGGCCAGGCAUACCGGUUCUACUUUGACGAGUGGACGGACAACGUGCCGGUGUGCCAGUCGGUGGACGACGUGUUCACGCUCUGCAACACGUUCCUGGGGGUGUCGGGCGUGUGCAUUGGCCAGGACCCGGAGCUGCUCAGCACGAUAUCGGCGAUUGGGGUGAAGAGCCUGCACGACGACGCGUCGGCGGCCAACCGGCAGCGCUGGCACGACCUGCUGAAACGGCUGCUGGUGCCGGCGCUGAGCCUGAUUCCGGAGAACCCGUCGUGCGUGGACGCGGUCUGGCAGGUGCUUCGAAACUACCCGCUGCGGGUGCGCUACGAGCUGUACACGGAGUGGUACGAAGGGCCGACGUCGCGGCUGCCGGCAAUCAAGAAGGCAUUUGACCGGAUCCGGCGCGAAACGAUGGGGAUUAUGCGGCGGAUAGCCAAGGACAACAAGUCGGUCAUGGGGCGGGCGCUGGCCAAGACGGCGCUGGCAUCACCGGGCAUCGUGUUCAAGGUGGCACUCGGACAGCUGGAGGCGUACGACAACAUUAUCGACGUGUUCGUGUCGUGCGCGCGAUACUUUACGGAUCUGGGCUACGACGUGCUGGUGUGGUCGCUGAUGAGCUCGCUCGGCGGCAAGCAGCGCAGCCGGACACAGGAGACGUCGGUGCUGCUGACGUCCAAGUGGCUGCAGGCGCUCUCGCGCUUCUCGGGCCAGGUGUUUUCAUCGUACGCCAACAUGGACGUGGGACCGGUGGUGCAGUACGUGAACGCCCAGCUGUUCCGCGGCAACUCGACAGACCUGAUCAUCCUCAAGGAGCUGAUCCUGUCAAUGGGCGGGCUCGUGUCGGACAGCGACUUUACGGACGCGCAGAUCCAGGCGAUGACGGGCGGCCCGGCGCUGCGACGGCUCACGCUGAUCGGCCUCGGCGACCGGCGGUACAAAUCGCAGGUGAGCGCGCAGCGGCUGAUGAAGGCGCUGGUGGACACCAGGCUGGCCGGACGGCUGCUCAUCAACCUAGCGCAGUACCGGCAGUCGGCCAUCUAUGCGGAGGAGGAGAAGGGGGCGCACAUCAAGUUUCUAGCCACGAUGGUGGACGACACGCAUCAGGUGUUGGUGCAGUACCUGGAUCUGCUUCGCAGCAACCUGGGGCGAGAGCAGUUUGACGCUCUGGUGCCGAGCAUACCGCAGCUGAUGCAGGACUUUGGGCUCGAAGCCGGCCUGGCCUUUAUGAUCGGGCGGGCCGGACUGGACUUUCACGGAGCGAUUGCGGCGGCGGAGACGGGUGGCGGUAGCGGUGACGGCGAUGUGGCGAUGAAGACGGACGACGACAGCGAGGAUGGCGAGGAGAAGACGGACAGCGACAAGGCGGACGAACAGCCGUCUUCCGAGUCGACGCGCGGGCGACCGCUCUCUUCGCUGCAGCCUCUGGCAGACGCUGUCGGGGAGACGCUAUCGGAACAGGCGCGAAAGCACAUCAGCGCGGAGUUCUAUUUUACGUUCUGGGCGCUGGAGGUGGGCGACCUGGCAGUGCCGGUGAGUCGGUACGAUGCGGAGGACGAGCGGCUGCGCAAGGAGAGCACGGCACUCAAGACGACACGGCAUGCGGACAACUCGCGGGCGGGCCAGAUGCGGCGCAACGACGAGGCGGAGGCGCUGCUGAAGAACCGGCAGGGGUUUGUGGCGGAGCGGCUGACGCUGUCGACGCGGAACCGUGACACGAAGAAGCGGCUGCAGGCACAGGCGCAGUCGUGGCUGCACCAGCAGGGUGGCAUGGCGACAGAGGCGACAGCAAUGUCGGAUGUGUUGCUGGAGACGUGUCUGGUGCCACGGCUGCUGCUCUCGGCCGCGGACACGGAAUACUGCUUCCGGUUCGUCAAGUUUCUGCACGAGAGCCGGACGGCCAACUUCCAGCUGUCGGCGCUGUACGGCCGGCUCUUCUCGGCGAACCGGCUGCGAGACCUCAUCUUCACGUGCACGGUGCGUGAGGCCGAGCAGCUGGGCCGGUUCCUACGGCUGGUGCUGGGCGAGCUGGCGCGGUGGCACGGCGACAAGGGCACGUACGAGCGCGAGGGGCUCGGGCAGGCUGAGGGGGGCCGACGGCGGCUGCUGGGGUUCGCCAAGGAGGUGGAGGCAGAAGCGGACCAGGCAGACCAGGCGGACAAGACGGACAAGACGGACAAGACGGAGGCGUUUGUGGAGCACGCCGAGUUCCGGGACCUUCUCUAUGGAUGGCAUAAGAACCUAAAUAUGGCGCUGAAGGACUGUCUGGAGGACCUGGAGUGGAUGCACAUCCGCAAUGCGAUCACGGUGCUCAAGGCGGUCAUGGACAUCUUUCCGGCGGUGGACUUUAUGGGGCGGCAGUUCUCGGAGCAGCUCAAGCGGAUUGCGGCACGCGAGGCAGCGUCGAAGACGGCGUCGGAGUCGUCGAGCGGACACCGGGUGGACCUAUCGGUGGCGGCGCAGACGAUCUACUCGGAGCUGAUGCGGCGCAAGACGAAGUGGGUGCUGGUGCAGGCGUUUCGGUCGAACGCGUCGUCCAAGCUGUCAGCCGAAGAAGCCAAGGCAGCAGCGGAAGCGGAAGCGCAGCCUUCAGCAGCUCUUCGAGCAGAUGCGCCCGAGUUCAAGCCGCAGCAGCGAGCCGGAAAGACGGAAGGGACGACGGCCGACGUGGAGGACGGCGAGCUCAAGGACGGGCCGAGUGGCCGGGCGAGCGGCGGCAGCAGCAGCAGUACGAGCAAGGCGAACGGAACAGGCCCAUCGGCAGCAGCGAGAAACAGCAGCAACACGACGGUGCCAUUGACAACGCCAUUGGGGCCGCGAUCGACCAUCAGCCGACUACAGGCGAGCAACGCACAGCAACAACAACAACAACAACAACACCAGCAGCAGCAGCAGUCAAAGCAGCAGUCGAUGUUGACGUCGCUACCGCACUCGCACAGCCUUCCGAACCGGCCAGACGUGCCGGUGCCGGGACGAUACGCGACAGACCGGUUUGGGCAGCUGCGCAACCAGGCAGAUGGCAGCAGCGGUGGAGGCGAUGGCAGCAGCGCGAGCACGACAGCAGCGGCUAGCGGCAACAACAACAGCAGCAGCAGCAGCAGCGGCGGUGGACGGGAGCCGCGAGGACCACGAGAGUCGCGAGACGCUCGAGAUCUGCGCGAUCCCCGAGACGGACGAGACUUCCGGACGCCAGAGCAUGUGCGCACGGCUCGAGGCAGUGAUGCGGGGAGUCGACACGGCGACCGCGAGUGGAAUGGACGGGUGGACAAUACGCCGACACGUUUUGGCGGCGGCCAGCAGCACGGAAGUCUACGCGAGCGGUCGACGGCGACGAACCGAUCAACACAAGCAGCGGGAUCGACGGCCGAGGUGACAGCAGCGACAGCAACAGCAGCAGCGACAGCUGAUGGGCCAGCGAAAAAGGCAGGCGAUGCGGCCGAGGUGGCGAUCAACCCGGAGCGAGCCCUACGAAUUACAGUAGGAGGAGGAGGAGGAGGAGGAGCAGAGUCUGACCGGACGUCGGUGCAUAGCGACACGCGCAACUCGCAAGAUCGGGGGCCGAGCAGCCGGACGGAAUCGCCACGGCCAAAUGGACCGAUACGGGAGCGAGAGAGCCGAGAGAACCGAGAGCGAGAACGAGAUGAGCGGCACUCGUCGUCGCGAACGUCUCACUACGGACAGAGCGGACGAGAGGCUGUUGCAACCGGGCAUUUGCCACCGCCCCAGAUCCGGGACCGGGACAUGGAGCGGGGCGGCCGGAGCGGCGGACGAGGCGAUCGGGGCGAUCGAAUGGGACUGGGAAUGGGAAUGGGGAUGGGAAUGGGCGACCGGAUCGAUCGGAGUGACCGUGGCCGCAACGGCGGUCAUGCACACCAGCAGGACCUCAGCUACGGUCGACUCAAUGCGAUCCCAUCGGUCGUGGACGGGUCGUCGUCGUUUCCAUCGGGACCUCGGGGUGGCCGAGGACGCGAUGGUGGACGUGACAGCAGCAGCCGCAGUUCGCUCGGAGGCGGAGCGCCGACAUUGCCGACGACGACGACGACGACGACACUCAACCUCCACAGCAGUUUUGGUAGUGACCGGCCUCCGUCACCCGAUACGCGGCACCAGGGAGGAGGAGUUCCGAUGGGACCGGCACGACCAUCAAGACGAGGUGGCAGCAUGGGUGGUGGUGGUGGUGGCAACAAUAUGGGCAGCAUGGGAAGCAUGGGCGCGCCAGGACCGUCUACUUCAGUCAACGCGACACCAGUCAGCGGUGACCGGAUGCGUCAUCUGGCCUCAUCGCGAGGCCCGUCGCCAGCACCAUCGCCAUCGCCAGCAGGUGCGCCAACGGGUCCGAGUGGCGGUGGAGGUGGAGGCGGAGGCGAGAUGAAUCCGUCCACACCGACGGGCGACCGACAACAGCGGAUGCGCGGCAGCGAACGAGGCAGCGAGCGCGGCAGCAGUGGAAGCGGUGGAGGAGGAGGUGGUGGUGGUGGAGGUGAGCGAGACCACCGGCUGAUGAAGGGCAUCCAAGAGACGAUUUCGAGCGGCAGUGGAAAUGCAAACAGCGGAAAUGCGAGCACAGACCACAACAGCAACAGCAACAGCAACAGCCGUCGCGGUCACCACCAUCUAGCCAACUCGGACGCCCAGGUGCUGACGGGUGGUGGCAGCAGCAGCGGUCGAGCCGACAAGGGCAGCGACCGAGGUGAUCGAGGUGAUCGAGGUGAUCGAGGCGAAAGGGGCAGCAGUGACCGUCUUGGGCGGUCGUCACGUCGCAGCAGCCGCAGUCCGGGUCGGUGGAACAAUAACGCGAGCAACAGCAGCAACAGCAAUCUCGGCAGUGCUGACAUAAGCAAACCGGGUGGCAGCCACCGCGACUAUCGCGACUACCGCGAGCGAGACCACAACCCAUCCCGACCGCAGCUGCCCCUCCCACCACCGCCACCCGGACCGGUCGGAGCAGGGUCGAGUGCUGGUGUCUCUUCGGGCCCGUCCGGACUACCGACACAGCCGGCGGCCCUGAACCGACGCAUGGGCAGCCGAGAGUCGUUUGGCUACGGAGGAGGACCAGGCGGGCCAGGCGGGCCAGGCGGUCCAGGCGGAGGAUCAGGAGGGCUGGGAGGACCGGGAGGACCGGGAGGCGGCGGAUACGGAUCGUCGAUGCGCGGUGACCCCAACCGCGAACCCAUGGGCCCCGGAAGAGACGUCCGUCGGAGCGGCGGCCCCAACAUGAACAGCACCAACGGCAGCAGCAGCGGCUCCGAUUUCCGGCGCGACCGUGAUGAUCGCGCACGCAACAAACGCCGCAGCGCUGACAGCGGCGGGCUGGGGCCGCUGGCUAGCGAUCGGGACAAGAAGAUGAGGCGAUAA